AGGUUCGGCUGCGCUCUCGGCUCAGCUAGUUCCUGGUCUGACUCUUAGGCCCUGCCUGGGCGACAGGACAGCGGGGGAGCUGCCGUGGGCGAGUAACUGCUCGCGGGGGAGCGGCGGGUGGGGGAAGGGAGCCGGAGAGAUGCUGCCCGGAGUGUAGCCGCCGCCGCAGCAGCAGCGCCGCCGCCGCCACCAUCAUGAUCAUAGAGAACGUGGACGCGCUCAAAUCCUGGCUGGCCAAGUUGCUGGAGCCAAUGUGAGUGCGGCGGGGGCUGGUUGUGGGGAGUGGAGGAGGAGGUCGAGGGGCAGCGGCGGCGGGGCGGCGGUGGAGGCCUUCCCAUGUGGGAGAAGGGAGCCGAGGGGUGAGAGGCAACCGAGGGAAGGGGGGGCCGAGCCGGGGAAGAGGAGUUACGUGUAUGUGGGGGCUCCUUGCUAAAGAGUCAGUGGGGUGAAUGAAUAGGUGAGGGGGGGUCGGUACUGGUAAAAUGCCUCAAGUCCUGGGGUACAUGUGCGGGGAUGGGCUUCGUACCAGGAGGCGGCGGCGGCAAGGGGAUUCGUGAAGAGCUGCUGUGGGUCGGCAGGGGGUGCGGGGCAACUGGCGUCAACUAGGGGUGUGCCUCAGGAACGAGGUUAAGGUUAUAAGUGGUUAUGGGGCGGGGAGGCCGCUGAGGGGCCGCGUGAGGAAGUUGGUUGUUUGGGUGGGGGACACACACACACACACACACGGAAAGAGUAGGUGCUGAGGUUAUUGGGCUAUGCAGGGUGCUGCUUUCUGUCUUCUGCACUUGCUCGUAGUUCUUCCAAACUGUAAUCUGGUGACUAAUUGUUUUCUAAUGCAUAGCUACCACAGUAUAUAUCACUUUAACAAAACCAGGGGAACUACUCUUCAGAGCAGCUCCUUGAAAAUUAAAACAUGCAGCAUUAGGCCAAGUGUGCCUUACUGCAGGAGUGCGACAGUGGAGACAAAAUGUUGCCCCGUCCUGUGUUCAUCCCUUUGUCAUAACAUCUGAAAUGUUGGGGGGUUGAUAAGUUGUUUGUUAGGGCAGUUAAAAAGAGCACUUCAGACGGAAGAGGGCAAUCUUGAUUGUGUUUUUAUUUUUAGUUGCAAGCUUUUGGUUGUAAGUUGCUUUGGGUUUCCUUGGGCUGCUUACCCAGGGUCUGUGUUUACUUUUUGGAACAGUGUUUACUUUUUGGCACAGUGGAGACUGUGGUGUCUUUAUAAUAUAUGUGAGCCUCCCAUUUGGAGGGGUUCACAGCAACCCUCCACAAAAGCCUUGCUAUCUCCCAUAUCUGCAGUUGUCAAAGUGGCCCAUGGGAGUAGGGGAGUUUUGGACCACUGUUAAGAUAGUUAUCCAUCCUUGAUAUAUACUGAGAGUUUGACAUUGUUGCUUAAUAAGCUGGUGUUUUGUCAAGCUGACACUUAAAUUCUGAGUGUAUAUCACUGCAUCAGUGAUAAGCAGGCAGAGACACUAGACGGAAAUCUUAUAUUAUAUAUAUUUUUGCAGUUGGUCUGUUAAUUGUCUUUUUGGCCCAGGAGCUAACAUGUCAACUUCCCUGCACUUAACUAUGGAAGCAAGUACUCUACACUAAACUAUUAGCUUGAAUUGAUAUGUGACUUAAGUUUAAAGUUCUGAACAGAGAGUUAAGACUACAGACACUCUUGAAUAUGCCAAGAGUGAGUUAAAACUAAACUUGAACUACCUUGUUGUAAAUAGACAGAGUACAUUUCUGUCUCAUUUGUAUAAUCUUAAUGUGUACUUCUCUGCUGCAUAGAGUUGUGAAGCAUUAAUUUUCAAAUGCCUGCCCAGUUCCUUGAAGACAUUUCAAGUGCUAAUUAUACUGCCUUUGUGUUGGCUUUUUGUUGGCUUUAAUAUGCAUUUCCUAUUUCAACUACUACAAAAUUCUGAUUUAUUAUUAAACAAUAAAGAAGUAGCAAUUUCACAUUUGCAUUUCUGGGCAAUUUUGGCAUUUAAUCCAUAAUUACAGACUUGCAUAAUUAUGACCAUGAAAAGUUCCUAAAUUCUUUACUGUGGUUGGGAUUCACCUAGCAAACUCUAUGAGUGAAAGUCCUAGGCAAGGGCUUCUGUUUGUGCAAUGGGGCUUCCCCACUCUCCUCCCCCUGCUUGCCCCCUGAAAUUGGCUCAGAAGGGUUAGGAGUACCCCUAGUACAGGGGUGGGGGUAGAAUAAAUCGUUCCUUCUGGCUACUGGAUAAGCUUGUGCAGAUUGAAUGUUUAUCAUAGCGCAACAUUAAAUUUCACCCAGUAUAUUUAGUUGUGCAUAGUAGUUUCUGGGCAAACCAUUUUGGUUAAUCUGCUAAAUUACAUAUUUGGUUAAUAUUGAUAGUUGUUGGAGUUAUGCUUGCAGUCACAGCUGUAUGUAAAUACAGUUGCUGAAACCUAGUUUUGAAUAUUAUGUCCUUGUUAGAUCAACAUGCAUUUUUUCAGCCCUGGUUUCAGAACUGGUCAUAAAAACAUGCUUCAUUUAACAUACGAAAAGUAGAAAAAUGCCUCUAACUUACCGUAUGUUUUAGAUUUCUUGAAUAUCUACAGCUACCUUAUACUGAGCCAGAUCCUUUGGUCCAUCUCACAUUAUUGUUGAGUUGGCUGUCUUGAGUCUCAUGCCGGGGUCCCAUCUAGACUUUAACUGGAGUCUCCAGGCAUUAAACUGAUACUCUUUGCAGGCCAAUCAUAUGUCGUACCAUUUUGCUAUGGCCCAGUUGCCCAGGUAAUUAAGCCAUUUGUGGUUCAGCAUCCAGGAGCAAAGAGGAAGUGUUUAAUUCAGCUGAAUUAAAAACCUCAGAAAGGACACUUUGAGGGUAGAAUAGUGAUUAUUUGCUCAACUGUGGAAAUCAGAAUUGGGGAGAGCCCUGCUGCAGUCAUGCCCUGCUUGCUUCUCAUAUGGGUUAUAAUUUAAUUAGGAGGUUUCAUGCCUGUCUAGUUCUGUGCUCCCUUUCCCAACCUUUAAUCUAUUGGUGAUUAAUGUAAUCUUUGCUUUGUACUUGUGUUAACCAAUCAGCAAUAAGCACAUAUGUGGCAAAUGCUGUAAGAUUCAAUAAAAGGGACUCUCCGAGACUUGCUCGAGAGAUGCCUCCCGUAUGACACCUUGCCAUUCGUCUGUCGCUUAUUUCAACCCAACAGUUGGCCAUGGUGAAAACAGGGAAUUGGACUAGAUGGACCUUUGGCAUGAUCAAGCAGGGCUCUUUUAUGUUCUUAGUUCUUCCACAGAGCUGUCAAAAUCAUACCAAGUAGUAGGUUUGCUUGUUUGUUUGUAUAGCAUUUGUUCAACAUAAUUUCUAUUUUUGUAUCAAUUCUAUUUUUGUAUCGAGCACUAGUUAAAUUAAAACAAUAGCAAGAUGUUCUAUCCACCCUUGAAUUAGAAGACUUCAUUCUAAGGCUCUGAGCCUAAGCAUAUGUACUUGGAAGCAUGGCCCACUAAAAUUUGUGGGACAUGCUACUUAAUAAUGAGGGGAGGUAUUCAUGCUUAAUGACAUGUUUUCACUGAAGAGGAAUCCAUUGUAAUGCUUCAUUGUGUAUUAGACUCAUAAUGCUGUAAGUUACAUAACGAUAGCAGUAUUUUUUUCCUUAGAUGUGAUGCCGAUCCAUCAGCCUUGGCUAACUAUGUUGUGGCAUUGGUCAAAAAAGAUAAACCAGAAAAAGAACUGAAGGCUUUCUGCGCUGAUCAGCUAGAUGUCUUUCUGCAAAAAGGUACUGCUGUGAUUUUUAUUUUAUUUUAUUUUAUUUCUUGCUAAUGGCAGGGUUUUGUGAAUAUGGUGGUAGGAAACUUUAGGUAGGAGACCUGGAGAUAGAAUCAUGGAUUUGUAGAGUCUGAAGGGACCCCCAAGGGUCACCUAGAUGGAGCUUAAUUAUAUGAUAGCAGCUCCAACUGUAUAAACUUCUCAGUAAAACAAUUGUACUGUACUCAUAAAGGAACUUUGCCUAUUUACAAUUAAGCAGUAUAUAAGAGUGUGAAACAUCCCCCCCCCCCCCCGGUCACAGAUAGUUUUAACUUCUGUGCACAAUUACUGGAGAAAUACAUCUUUACAUUGGCCAAAGAGUAUCCAUAUUAACUUAUGAAGACAAAAAAAUAGAAGUAACUAGAGCACAAUUUUAUUACGGCACAAACCAGUUCAUCUCUAAGUUAGUGUAGCAUGUGUUAGCUAUGAAAUACAAAUAUGAAUCACAAAGUGUUUGAACAUAAGCCGCAAAACAUUGGCUGCAUUUCAGUGUAAUACUAAACCAUAGUUUAGCACUGACUAAAAUGUAAUUAGAUUAAUUACAGUUUAGUGAGUUGUCUGAACCAUAGACUGGUUGAUCUUAACUAUGGUGAAAGCUCACAAACUAUAGUUGGCUCGCUUCCAAGAAGGUUGUAGAGGAUGCUUAUGAUCCUGUUCUUGGGCCUGGCAGGUGCAAAGCCAAAAUAAAUUAUAUGCUCCUAACUAUGGGGCUGAUGAGGAGGCAGCAUUCAUCUUCACCGCUGCUUUGGAACUCCAGGAUUGGAAGGAAUCGUCAAGCUCCAUUUGCUUACACCAACACUUACACCAUCUUUUUCUGUACACAAAACGAUUAACCAAUAGGUUUUAAUGCAUUUUUGAGAACAUAUGGCAUAGAUCCAAAGGGCUAGUUUAGGUAGAGGACAACACCAUACAAGAGUGUACAGUGGUGCCCCGCAAGACGAAAAACUCACAAGACGAAAGGGUUUUGCGUUUUUUGAGUCGUUCCGCAAGAUGAAUUUCCCUAUGGGCUUGCUUCGCAAGACGAAACGUCUUGCGAGUUCUUGCGAGUUUGUUUCCUUUUUCUUAAAGCCGCUAAGCUGUUAAUAGCCGCUAAUAGCCGCUAAGCCGCUAAUAGCCGUGCUUCGCAAGAUGAAAAAACCACAAGACGAAGAGACUCGCGGAACAGAUUAAUUUCGUCUUGCGAGGCACCACUGUACUUUUGUGGAACAUUUCAUUUCCUUCAAAUGGUAGACCUCCGUGUCACGUGGCAAAUGAAUUUUUAAAUACUCCUUACUUUUAAAGAGACUUGCAGUGUAGCAUGGCAGACUUUUUGCUAAUGAGAAAACUAGACCAGCGCUCUUUCAGGCACAAGGAACUCAACUGGCCUGGAGCAGAAGUGUGAUUAAUAUAAAACUAGGGAGUAGGAUCUCUUUUGGAAUGAUUCCUUUUUUCUGUAUGUCUCUUCCAGAAACCUCAGGCUUUGUUGAUAAACUCUUCGAGAGCCUGUAUACGAAGGAUUACCUAGCCCCUAAUGAACCAGCAAAGCCAGAGUUGAAGCCUGUGUGUCAGGUCAAGGAAGAAAUCAAAGAGGAGGUAAUGUUAAAUUUCUUUGUCUCUUGCUUGUGUCUCUUGGUGCAAUCCUGUGCAUGUUUGUUCAGAAAUGUGUCCCACUGUGUACAUAGGAUUGAAGCCAUGCAGUACAGUCUUAUACAUAUCUACUCAAUAGCAAGCACCCUUGAGUUCAAUGUGACUUAUUGACAGGCAAUUAUAGGAUUGCAGCCUUAGUCUAGCUUUAUUAGAAACAUGAUAAGUUUUUCCCCCUUUAAUAUCCAGAGGCAGCAGAUAAGCUGGUGUGUGUGUGUACAUGUGGAGACACACACAUGCAGGUGACAGUUUCACUAUCUUUAAUAGUGCAGAUCCAUUGUUAAUAGUUAUGCAUGCCAUUUUGAAAAGCUUUGUAUGGCAGUUAGCAAAGUGAAAAUUUCUUUCAUAGUUCAGCCCUUUUAGAUGAUGAAUGGCUUGGUAAACUUGAGGUGUCAACACUGUGCUUUUACAUUUAUUUAUAGCCUACUCUGCACCAAGGUUCAUCAGGCAGCUUACUACAUAAACGAAAGCAAAAUAAAAUUGAUUGAGUAGUGAAAUAAAAAGUAUAUGCUAAAAACAAUGCAACCCAAAAUACAAGGAGAUGAGAAUAAAAUAAUAAGGUUGAAACAGUUUAAAGCUAUAAAAGACUUUAAAAGUCCUGGAUUAUUAUUAUUAUUGAAAUUGUUUUUAUUAAAAGAUUUUCUUGGAUAACAAAAGAGGUAUUCAUGUGGUACCAAAAAAUAUGAUACCGUGCUCUCUGCAGUCACCUGGUGGAAGCACCCAGUGAUGGGUCUCAGACAAAGACUUCAGGGUGCAUAUAGGAUGAAGCAAUCCUCCGGGUACCCUGACCCGCAACCAUAAAAGACUGAAGGUCAAUAUCAGCAUUUUGAAUUGGGCCUGGAAACAGAUUUGAAGCCAGUGAAGGUGAUGAGCACUGGUGCAAUGUUCUCAUCUCUCUCACUUAAUAACCUUGCAGCCAUAUUCUGACUGAGGUUUCUGGACAAUUUUCAGAGACAGGCCCACACACAAUAUCUUGCAUAAUCCAGACAGGUGGUUACCAUGGUGUGGAUAACAAGUUAAACUAUCUGCCCAGUUACAGUUGUCCUAGAUGGGGCUUGUCAACCUGGGAGGGUAGCCCAUCUAGGAGAAGGAAAACACUGAUCCUAAACCGUCUCUACCUUGCAGCUAUACUCAUUUGUAUGAAAGGCUUCGGGAGUAAACCCUGAGGAACAAUCUAUGCACACUGAUUUGCAGGACAUAAUUAGGAGUAUAAAAGUCUUAAGGUGCAAACUCUACACAAAUCCAGAAUGGGGUGCCUAAGGCAGUUGGAUGGUGUCUUGUAUGCCUCUUCCUAGUAACUCCUGCAGCCAAACAGGUGCCAAAUGUAUUGCUCUGCUUUCUUUUGAACAACCUCAGCGAAGCCGAGAGGGAAGUCUUUUUGUCUGGCAGCCCAGGACCUCCAUACACCCUACCCAGGCUUGUGCCCCAGGGAGGUCACUUCGGUGCUGCAAAUGCAGCAAAGUUGCAAUUGUAACUGUUGUACCAAUCUAAACUGGUAGAAGGUUCUCCAUGCUACAUUUGUCCUUCUGAUGAUGAAGCUGAAUCAGUGAGCACACUCAGUGUCUAACUCCUAUUAAGGGAGUGCAACCAGGCUUUAAAGUUGAUUCUGAAGCCAGAUAACCAGACCUCUGCAAUCUUCUGCUUUUUGAGAAAGUUUACUUGAAAAGAGAGGUGCUCUACAAGAGUCCACAACUUCAAGUACCCCCGCAUUCUGUUACCUAUCCUGAAUCCUGUCGAGUCUGACUUCAUACAUUGCUUGCUAAAAUCCUACAACCUUGGCUUUUCUAAGAUUGUACAGUUCAUAGUACUAGGGGUGUCUUGUUUAAGAGUAAGUAGUGGAGGAAUAAACCAGUUAAAGUAUAAUGUGUUCAUAGCUCAGACGGGCUGAUCUGAUGUAAGUGGUGGACAUAUUACAGCAAAGUAUUUGGCUAUACUUAGAUAAGGUCAAAUGAGACAUGAUAUCCUCACACCACACAGUCCCGCUCCUCCCCCAUCUCAUAUGCCUGUAUUUCAUGUAAUGUUAAAGGUGAUUUUUAUUUCUAAUUCUAAAUUCUCUUAGAUAUCAAAAGAUUAACUAGAGAAUGCUUAAAUCAUGUUUAGACUCCCCCCCUUUCUAUAGACAGUUCAGUAUAUUCUGCCACACUUUUGUUUCCUUUCUUCCACAAACUUUUUUAGAAAUUAUGAAUUGCACUAUGUAAUGAAAGCUAAUGGCUUUGAGAUUACAGAGUUAGACUGUUGCACACUUUAUGCAGAGCUCCUCUCAGUGACGGUUUAGAGAUUUCAGCUCUUCUGCUUAUGAAAACUAAUAACCCUGAAAUAGCUCCAAUAACUCUUGGAUGAGACUGAUUUUUCAUUUCAGUUGGCAUUCAGGCCUGCCUUUGUUGCUGAGACUGCCUUGGUUGGCCUGCGUCAGGAAAGGGACAGGGAGGAUGUGUCCAUAUUGAUUUUUCUUGACCUCUCUGCACUUUUUGAUACCAUUGACCAUAAUAUUCUUACAGAGAGGCUGUCAGAGUUGAGAAUAGGCUUUGUUCCUACUUGGUUUGUUCUCUCCAGAAGGUAAUGCUUAGAGGGUAUUGUUUAGCUGCAUGAAGCUUCCAAAGCACAGAGUUUGAUUUUAUAUCCCAUUCUUUUUAACAACUGCAUGGAACUCUGGGCUAGAUGAGGGCCAACAAAUUGAAGCUCAAUCCAAAUAAGACUUAAGACAUUGGUAAUGUGCAGGUCCUCUGUCUGCAUGAGUAGAAUGCAUCUUCUUUUUGGAGGUGUUGCACUCCCUUUGAAGGAGCAGGUGCGCAGCUUGAUGGUACUCUUGGAUCCAACUUGGUCAAUAAGUUGCCUCAGUGGCAUGGAAUGCCUUCCGCCAGCUAGCUCAGCUGUGUUCCUAUCCAGCUAGACAUGAGCGUGGUUUCAGUUGUCUGUGCUUUGGUAACCUUCACAUUAGACUACUGCAAUGUGUCAUACAUUGAGCUGACUUUGAAUACAGUUUCCAAAUUACAGUUAGUUCAGAACAUGGCAGCUAGAUUGUUAACUAGAACAAGGAAGCAUGAACAUAGAACACACACCAAUUCUGGCCUGACUGCUCUGGUUGCCAGUUUGUUUCAGGCCCCAAUUUGAAAUUCUAGUUUUGACAUUUUAAAGCCUUGAAGUGUCUUCAUGGUCUUCUCCCCAUAGACCCGAUGAAAGUAAUAAAACAGCAUAUUUGUUGUGACCCCCUGCCCCACCUCGCUUGUGAAAGUCUUCUGAGUCCAAGUAGUAAUCCAGCCUUGUUGAACACAAGGGAUAUUGCAACAAAUUAUAAGUGCUUCCACAGUUAUACUGUAAAGGCAAUCUUUUUAAACCUAAAAUAUAGCAGUUUUAAAAUUAAAAUGAAAUUCCUUAAAGGUAACAAUUAUAAAAAAUAUUAUGAUGGACAUUUGUUUGUUUGUUUGUUGAAUGUUUAUACCACCCUUCAUCCUAGAUUUACAGGGCAGUUUAUAAUAACAUAAAAAUGAAUACCAUAGUAACAACCCAAAGCAGGCCACCUACCCCAUUUAAAAGACCAUGUAUUGUUUAAUUAGUCAAACGCCUGAGAGAAGAGGAGUGUUUUUGCCUAGCACCUACAGAUAGGUGCCAGGCAAGCCUCCCUGGGGGGAGGGGGGAGCCACCACAGAACAGAAGAGCCUCAGAUGAUGAUUGCAGGGUCCAGGUUGGUUCAUACGGGAAGAGAUGGUUGUUUUGUAGUUGUCCUCUUCAAUACAUUUCACACUAGAAGCAAAUUUAAAAUGUGUAUACAGUGACUUGUCUCGAGCCUUGCUCUCUUAUUGCUUAAAUGGGUUUUUAUAUUCUUUGGGGUCUUCCCCGCGCCCCUGGGAGUGAGCUUCGUGUGAGGUGAUGAUUUGCUGUUUGUCUUUAGCCAUUUCAGGAGACUUUUGAAGAUGAGCGAGAGGGCAAAAAGAAGAAAUAUACUAGCCCACAGAAAAAUCGUUCAGAUUCUAAUGAGCAAAGGUUAGUAUCUGAAGUAUUCUUCUUUUAACACUUGUUAGCAUUUGUUAGCCUCCAAAUCAAUUAAACUUCUCUGUUUCAGACAUCAUAAUAAGUUUUGUGAUAAAUUUAGUAAUGUAUGUCUCCCCUCCUUUUGUAUUAUGAUCGGGAAGUUUUACAGAUUCUCACAUAAUCCAUUAAGAUGUGACCUUGAGGGCCAGACAAUCACAUUUAGCCUAACUUACCUCACAGGGUUGUUGUGAGGAUAAAAUGGGUGGAGGAGAACUAGGUACCCCACCUUGAGCUUGCUGCAGGAAAGAUGGGAUAUAAAUGAAAUAAGUAAAUAUACACACAAUUUUAGAGAACUGUAUUGAAUCCUCUGUGCCCAUGGAUGCAAAUAAUUGUUUUAUGCAGGAGGGGGGCAGUCCCCAACUAUAUUAAUAUGAUUUUUUUAUUUUUAUGCAGUACUAGCAUCCUUUAGUAAGACAAACAAUUUGGCGUUUAUUUGCUUUAGGGCUAUUACACCUAACAUUUUUUGUAGUUUUUCCCAAUGUUGAUGUCACUUGGAUAUAAUUACGUUGUUUAGUUCUUCAUACAAACUUCCCUCUGUCAAAACUGUUGUUCUGUUUUGAUGCCAUAAGCAUUUUCAGCUUUUCUAAAUCCACCUGUUUGCAUGUGUUGUUUUUCUUAAUAGAACUAGAGAGAGAAAAAGAGAUGAUGGCAAAUGGAGAGAUUAUGAUAGAUACUACGAACGGAACGAUUUGUAUAGAGACAAAUACGAUUGGCGAAGGGGAAGAAGUAAGAGUCGCAGUAAAAGUAGAGGACUUAGCCGAAGUCGUAGCCGCAGCAGAGGUAGAAGCAAAGACCAGGAGGCAAACAAAGAAAGGGAUGCAAACAGAAAUGUUGGUGAGUCGUUUAAGGAUAAUAGACAAGUAACGUCUAAUUUUAAGUUUCAUGGGAGUUAAUGAAAUGUCAUACUACUUAAUGAACAUUUUAUCUUGAAUUUCUGGCAAAUUCAACAAACAGAAUUGUCUUUGAAAAGAAGUGAUUGCUGACUUGUUAUAAAGCUGGCUAAAAGCUGUGAUCUGAGAGCAACCUAAUCUAGGGAUAUAUUUUUUUAAUUUGUUCUCAGGUGUAUUCUGGUAGAGCAGUACCUUCUGUUAUACUUUCCCUGUUGGUAAAAGCUGCUGCUUUAUAUUGCUAGGUUUCUUUUGGCAAGGAAGAAGUGUUAGAUUUUCUUAACUUUUAAUGGAUCCCUGCUCCUAAAUAACUGAGGUCUUGUGUUGCUAUAGCCUUUCAAGACAAAAGAAAGUAAUUGAAAUUACUUGAAAAAUACAGUUUACUUUUUAUUUCUAAAGGAAAUCAGUUUAGUUAGUGCAUAUGUUGCAGGACAAAUAUUCACAUUGUCUUGCAAGAACGAGCCUAAGUACACUGUUAAGACAUUAACCAGGUUGUGCUUAUACUUUUUUUUCUCGCAUUUGUUAUGGUGUUAAAUUUUCUGUAUGCUGUCAGAGAAUCUCUAAGCACGAAGGACGAACAUAGAAACUUACCUAAUCUAUUACGAUUUUUUUUUUCAGAUCACAGAGAUCGAGCCAAAUUCAAAUGUGAAAGGAGUGAUAUGGAGAGCUCAUAUAACCCAGUGGCUUUGUCUUCCGUUAACUCUACUGAACAGUAUUCCUCUGGAGCACAGUGUAUUCCCAGUGCUGUUACUGUGAUUGCACCUGCUCACCAUCCUGAAAACACAACAGAAAGCUGGUCGAAUUACUACAACAAUCAUUCUGCUCCUAAUUCGUUUGGCAGAAACGCUCCACCAAAAAGACGCUGUCGAGAUUAUGACGGUAAGUGUUACUCCUGGUUGUUCUACUUAGAUUUUGCAAUUAAGAAUGUUGUUUUGAGCUAUUUUGUUGUUGUUGCCAGCCACACAGUAUAAGUGAGACUUUGGCUUAAAAUCUAUAUGUAAUCUAUUUUCAUUCAUUCAUAUGUAAUCUAUAUAAUCAAUCAGAUAAAGGUAAGCUACCAUUAAUGAUGGUUUAUAUUGUGAUUUAUUUUUAUUUUACAGAGAGAGGAUUUUGUGUACUUGGUGACCUCUGUCAAUAUGAUCACGGAAAUGACCCAUUGGUAGUGGAUGAAGUAUCUUUGCCAAGCAUGAUUCCAUUUCCUCCACCACCCCCAGGACUUCCUCCUCCUGGAAUGCUUAUGCCUCCUGCGCAAGGCCCAACUCACAACAUGAGAAUGCCAGGGCCACAUGUACAUCCUCGGCCGCCGCCACCUGUUAGAAUUCCUAUACCAAGUAAGAUUUCCUCCUUAAAAUAGCACUUUAAAAUACUACAGUCGGCACAGUAGCUGAGAACAUUUCAUAAAUGGUGCUUUAUUUCUCUAACGUAGCAUUACAGGAAUCUGGGGUUUGAAGGACCCUCCAGAGCACAUUUAAGGGUGGGUGAGGGAGCUGCAGGGGGAAUAACUGAAAACUGCUUUCCUCCUGCCCAAACCCUCUAGUAGAUCCAGUGCUUGGACUCCUAACUAGGUUUUCCCAAAGGCUUUAAUGUGAAGGUCAGUUUGAUAUAUAUAAGUCAGGUUAUGAAGCUUUCAGGUUAACGAAUGCAGCAGUGGUCUAGGUAUAUGGCUAAACAGAAACUAAGAUUUUGUCUCAACACUUGACACACCCUAAAUGGGUUGAGCCAUGGGGCUGGGCAAACAAGAUGGCUCUCCUCUGAAUAGGCUGGGCCUGCUGAGUGUUUGCACCCAUGCAGCCAUCUCCACAUCCUUGUGAUGGAGGCAGAGUCAACAGGGUUGGCUCACUGUCUCAUUUUUCCCCAGGCAGCACCCCAGGAGGGUUCAUCGCUGACAGUGGGCAGGGCCAGGAUCACAUCAGUCUGCUGUGGUGCUCGGGGUGUCCAAGGCACUCUGCUGUCUGUCCACACAGCCACUGUCCUGGAACUGGACGGACAUCUAAGCUGCUAAACCUCUUCCAGUUCCUCUAAUGCCUUGUCCUUGUCCCAUGCCUCCUUCCCUUUUGACCAAUUCCACCAGGAUGUCUCCAUGGGGCUUGUGUCACCCCCAUUCUGCUUAGUGAUACCAUUGGAUAAAGCAUAGGUAUAUAACUGAUCUUAAGGCUGCAGCAUAAUGUUGCAGGAUUGCAGCUUAAAUGUAUAAUGUAUCUUGGACCUUAAGACAUGCAAACAGUUGUUGAUUAGUUUACUGGUGGAGACAGUAAUGUUGAGGAUGUGUAAGGUUUUUUCCUGCCAGGGCAAACAGAAGCAUGUGCUUGUGUUGGCAGUUGGCGGAUAGAUCAGGUGCCAGAUCACACAUUUGUAUCAUGCUGGAGCUCUUUCUCCCAGGCAGUAAGGGCAAGUUUGUCUCUUUUUAAGAAUAGCUGGUAUAUGCCAAGGUGUGCGUUUUCUGUCACGUUAAUCGAAGUCCUCUGCGUUGCAUAGCCACUUAUAGAGUAGUGCUAAGGAGGUGAAGAGUUAAGGGUCACGCUCCAGGUGUCAGACAGACUGGGCACCUAGGUAACAGUAGUGUCAAAGCAUUUCCCUAUUUACUUCAUUGUAUAAAGGCAAUUAUUUUUGGACUUGCCUGAACUAGCAGCCCUCUUCAGGAGUUGGGCCUUUUUUCAAACCUUUGGAUAAUGAAGAAGCUUUUCCUUUUUUUCUCUCUCUAAAACAUCGGAGAUAGUAGAAAGAACUGACUAGAUUAAAUUUAGUUUCAGACCAAAAAUAGAGAACAUGCCACUGCGUGUAUGUGUUUUUAAGGGGAAGUCCACUAAUGCUGUGUUUUAGUUAUUAAAAAAAAUCAUUCACAGUAGUCACUUAUUACUAAUCCUGAGAUAAAUUGGGUCAGGGGAGUAAAUUAAGGUCUUUGAAUUAUUUACUGGUUUGGAGAUUUGAGCAAAGUACAAGCUCAUCAUAAGAGGUCAGCUAGAUAAACAAAGUAUCAUACUUGAAAAAUAUCUCUCUCUCUGUGUGUAGGAUUAUAAUUUAGGGCAUUCACUAGAACAGAUGAAUAAUUAAAAAUUUAGAAGAAUUUAGAUUCCAUUUCCAACAGUAGCCAGCCAGAUGCUCCUGAAAACCCACAAAUAGCAAACCCUAUCAAGCAUUUGGGAACCUAUUUCUUAAUGUAUUGCUUCUAUGGCCAUAGUGCUGGUGUUCCUGCCUUAGAUAAGUGAAGCAGUAGUGGGGCCUGACACACACACACCCCAUACACACACUUGAAGAACAAAGAUGUAGAUAAUGCUGAGCUAGAAAGGCCAGUGGUUUGAGUCAGUGUAAGACAGCUUCCCAUAUUCCUUUAUAUUCAGAGGCAUUAUGCAACAUAGAAGGUCCACUUUAGCUAUUGUGGAAAAAAUUGUGUGAGAGAAAUUUGGCUAGAAUGUGAAGUGGACUUGAUUUGGCUCUUCCUUGACACUGGAAAGAAUGGGCUCGUUUUCUGUGUGCACCCUCACUGAAGCUGUGACCAGCUUGGGUAUUUGUUCAGCAGCUGCGGAUCCUCUGCAGACAAAAGUGCGAGAGCUGUUGGAGGCAGGAAAAUAAGAUUGUUCAGCGAUUAUUUAUAAUGCAAAACAAAAUCAGUUUGGAAUUAUUUCAAAGACCAUUUAUUUCAAUGGACCAUUAUAAGAAAAGAACCCAGCAGUUUAAACAAGCAGCAGAUGUGCAUAUGACUUGUUCAAAGCCUGUCCUUGCAGCAAAGGAUGAGCCCCUUAUUUUGGAUCAGUCAGCAAGGAUAAUGUGUUUUCUUUCUUCAGUCCUACCCUUUUUGCAACAUUUCUAUUGAGGUUGAUGAAAUGAUAAGCAAAAAUUCUGAAUUGUUGUAAUCGGACAGGUGGAAAUAUUUAGUAGAUGUGGUUUGCUGUCAGGAAGGUCAGAAUGACCACACCGUUGUUGUUGUUGUCGUUGCUGCUGCUGUUGCUGUUUGUGUUGUUGUUCUAGUUGUUACUAUUGUUAUUGUUAUGCCACUGGCUCUUCCUGUUUCUAGCUCACACAGAAAGUUCAUUACAAUAGAAAAAUAAUUUCUCCAGUUCAUUGAAAAGUAGCUUUAACCAGGGCUUGGUGCCAUUCACUAUAAAUGAAUGAAUCAAUUUAUUAUGGUCACAGACCAGAAAUAUGAACAUAUACAGCAAUAGAGAUCAUGUAAAUAUACAUAGGUUAAAAUUAAACACUUGCAGUAAAUAAUACAAAUAUAAAACAAUUAAAAUAUGUAGGUUAAGACUAUGAUACCACGUUGCUUAACUGUAUGUAAUCAAGCCUAUACUUCUAUGUGGCCUCAAUGCUCCACUACCUGGCCAUAUUGUAGCCUUGUGGCUGGGCCCUCCUAACACCAGCAACUCUGCAUGCUGAGUAAAGGUGGCCAGGAGACAGAGAGCUUACUGGGGCGGAGGUCCUUUUCCGAAGGCGAAAGAGCCAAAGGAGUCUUUUACGAAAAUUGGAGACAUAAAAGGUUAAUAAUAAUAAUAAUAAUAAUAAUAAUAUCUGGAAAGAGAAGGAAGCAGUCAUAUGAGAAAAAGGUGAUUGGAGAAAGAUCAAGGAAUGAAAGAAACCAGUUUUUUGGAAUGGAGAGGCAUAAGUUUUAAAUAAAGUGUGGAAGGAGAAAAGAAGAAGAAAAUGUAGGAGAUGAGCAAAAAUAUUUUGAGAGGUGUUGAGGGCAGGAAUAAAAAUAUAAAGUUUAGUCUGUUUCACCUAGAGCUUCUGAAUCAACAAAUUCUGCCUAAAAUGGGAAGACACAGUAAUCUCCAAGGCCAAUGUGUGUACCUGGCUUGAAGAAAUAGAAUUGUAACACUCCAUGCCACAAGGAAAUCACAAUGGCAAAGAGUUUAGCAAUUUCCAAAUAGGAUUAAGUAUUAAUAAAAAAUGCUAUUGUUAAUUGCAGCUAAUCAUGUCCAAUUCUACCUCCAUCUGCUACCAUUUUGUGACUAGUGGGCCUCAGCAAUUGUCAGUCCUCUCCAGCCCUAGUAGUAGAAAAUUGGAGAACCCCAGUGUCCUAUGCCUAUGGUGGCAAACCUUUUUAAGCCUCAACUGCAUUUCUUUAUUGCCAGCCCAUCUGGGGACUUCAUACUAGCAGGAGGUGGUACCAAAACAAAGCUGGGUUGGGCCAGAACCAACAGAGGAUGGGACCAUCCUACACUCACAUGAAUUCACAUAAAUGUUUUGAGAGAGAGAGAGAGUCUUGUUCAUAGGAGACAGAGAAAGGGUGAGGUCAUUUAAGAGAGAUUAAUUUAGCCCAGCUGAGGCUGGUGAAGCUGAAAUCAUGAAAGUUGUUGGUAGGGUUAUAUAUUAUGAACAAAUGGAUUGUGGCAAAACUCUUUUGGAACACACUUUGCAGGCAAAAAGUCAGAGAGCUUUGAGGCUAAGAAUGAGGAGCUUAUGCUGGAGACGGGAGCAGACAGAAAGCCAGUUAUAGGGAUGUAAGGAGGCCCACCACAUGGUCAGAGCAGCUGAAUGAAUGAAUAAAGUUGGCAGCAAAGUGCUGGCCAGAGGUAAGGGAACCAAGGUCAGACAAUAUAAAAUCAGGACACAAAUUAGUAUUUAGCUUUGAGCUCCUCAAAAGAAGAGCCAUAUUUUGUAAUGUGGUAAAGCAUGAAAAAACAUAAUUAGCUUUUUAGAAUGUUUAUGUUUCAUUCCAGGGCCACCUUUAUCACAGGCAAGUUUGAUUAACAGCCGUGACCAGCCAGGAACAACUACAGUGCCCAGCCUUGCACCAGUGGGAGCUAGACUACCUCCUCCACUACCCCAAAACCUACUAUAUUCAGUAUCAGAACGUAAGGAAAUAAAGAUUUCCACUUCUCUUGUGUUCUACCAGUACUUGUGAUGUUGUUUACACUGCACAUCUGAAAUAGUGGGGUCUCAUUUCUUCAAUAAGCAUCAUUUUUUUUAAAAAAAAAAGACAACCAUUUUUAUUGGUUUUUAUCCAGCAGUACAUCAAAUGGUGGUGGUUCUGUCCAUUGACUUUAGGCAUAAGCUUACACAUUAAAUGUUCAAACAUAUAACUUAAUGUAACUUCUCCCCUGAGAAGAUUGAGCAGUUGAUUUUCGUUAAAUAAAGAGGUCCACUUUUCUUGGAAGGUAUCUCUUUUUGUUAUGCCUUUAAUUGCCCUCCUGCGUCUGGUGAGGUGCCCAGACAUUGCUGUAUCCCAGAUAUUAUUUUCCCAUGUGUUCAUGGGUAUUUCAGCCUGGUUCUUCCAUUUUCUUAAUCAUGCUGCAGUCACUAAGAAGCCUAUUAGUUCUCUCUGGUGCAGGGUGGAGCCCGUCUAUUUUCCAAAGAUAGCAGGGCUAAGGCUGGAUUUGGAGAAUAAGGUUGGCUUGUAAUUGCGGAUAUAAUGAAGAAUACUGUGUUCCAAACGUUUUCAAUAUAGGGGCAUUCUCACCAAACAUGAAUAAAUGAACCAAGUUUUCCGCAAUCCUUCCAACAUAAAGGGGAAAGGGGUGGGAUUAAUUUUUGCCAGCCUGACUGGUUUCUAAUUAGUGUCUAGUUAUACUGUGUUGUAAGUCCCUUUGGGUCACCUUAAUAAUAAUAUUUUAAAAUUGUAUCAUGACAUGCAUGUUGCAGGGUUCCUGCCAUAUUUACAUAGCUCAAAUUGAACACAUGUUUAUAUAUAAAUAUAUUGUACAUGUGAAUUAUGUGCAAUUUUUUUAUUUCAUAAAAAUUACACACUGUUUGAAUGUAAAAAUCUCAAUUUUGUUUACACAAGACAAAACCGUAAAAUCAAGAAAGUUUUAUAACCCUACUUUAAAACAAACAAAUGUUAAAAAUAUUAAAAUGUGAAAAAGCACUUCUGCUUGAGCAAAUGCAUAACAUUGCUCACAUAAGAUUUUUUUAAAUGAAUCAGAAAUCUAUAUUUUUCUUUCACAAAAGAUACGUAUGAACCAGAUGGCUACAAUCCAGAGGCUCCUAGUAUUACCAGUACUGGUAGAUCUCAGUAUCGACAGUUCUUUUCAAGGACACCAAUGCAGCGUCCAAAUCUUAUUGGCCUAACAUCUGGUGAGAUGGAUACAAAUCCAAGAGGUGAGAUGUUGUUUCCUGAAACCCAAACCCUCAAAGUCUGAAUACUUAGCAUACUUAGCAAGGGAGCAUUACAGACUUUGGCAUUCAUAGCAAAUUAACCCAGUGCUGAUGACAGUGCUGUCUUUUUCUGUGUGCAGUGAUUUCUUUCCCUCAUGCCUUGUACAUUAAAGAAAGGGAAAGAAAAUACAAAUUAAUGUACAGUUUGAAGAGUGGCAAGCAAACAAUGAUCACUAGUAUCUUUACAACUAGUGCUGUUCAGUGUGUUGUAGUCUGGAAUCAGAUCCAGAUUCUCCUGCAUGAGUUUUUUCAUAUUUUCACUAAAAUGCAGUUUGUGCCUAAUAGUAGAUAUAUCUUCCCUGAGACCCCUUCAUAAGAAAGUGCUACAAUUGUAUGUAAAAUAAGCCGAAGAAACCCAAAUCUCCAGCAGUGGUCCAUAUUCAUGGACACCUGAUCUGCUUAUGUUAAUAUCCAAUGUACACUUUUCAUAUGCAUACUUAGAGGAAGGUUGGUAGCUUAGUGGUAGAGCACCUGCUCUGUAUCCCCAGUUCACUCUCUGGCACUGGACCUUGCUGCCAGUCAGUAUAGACAAUACUGAGCCAGGUGGACAAAUGGUCUGGUUUUGGUGUAAGGCAUCUUUCUGUGUUCCUGAUUUUUGAAUUGUACCCAACUUAAUGUGCAGGUGGUACUUGGUCUGAGCAUCUUUAAGGGGUAAAGGGGACCCCUGACCAUUAGGUCCAGUCGUGACUGACUCUGGGGUUGUAGCGCUCAUCUUGCUUUAUUGGCCGAGGGAGCCGGCGUACAGCUUCCGGGUCAUGUGGCCAGCAUGACUAAGUUGCUUCUGGCGAACCAGAGCAGCGCACGGAAACGCCGUUUACCUUGCCACCUAUUUAUCUACUUGCACUUUGACGUGCUUUCGAACUGCUAGGUUAGCAGGAGCAGAGACCGAGCAUCGGGAGCUCACCCUGCCGCGGAGAUUCGAACCGCCAACCUUCUGAUCAGCAAGUCCUAGGCUCUGUGGUUUAACCCACAGCGCCACCUGAGUCCCUGAGCAUCUUUAAUUUCGUCCAAUUAAUUUAUGGCAUUUUUUGUUCACAGAAACCCUGAACUUGCAGCUUCCUAUAUAUUUCAGCAUUGUAUAUAUUUCUUAUGAAAGUCUGUGCAUGGUAGACAGUAUAGGUAUGAGCCCGUUGGGAAAAUGUUUUGUACAUGUUUGCACUUCACCAUUUUAUAAAUACAAUUUGCUCCCACUUCAUUGCAAGCAUACAAUCCUUUGCUUUCUUUCCAGGUGCUAACAUUAUCAUCCAGACUGAACCUCCAAUUGGCAUUGCAAGUAACAGCAGUAAUGUAUCUAGAGUGGUGCUUGAGCCAGACAACAGGAAGCGGGUUUCAAACACUGUAGAAGGGCCAUCUCCAAAGAAACCCUGGAUUGGAAAGUAAGAAUUUUCUGUGUCUAUAGAGAACAGGCAGAAUGAAAAUGAGCCCCAUUCAGUUCAUUUGAAAAUUAUUUGGUUUGAGUUAUGAGAAUCUUUUAUGAGAAAUGGUGAAUAAUUCCUCUUGUGUGUUGCAAAGAAUACAUUGCAAAGAUAAUGUUGCAAAGAAUAGAUUGUGUUUGUUAGUCACUAUACAAAAAAGUCUCACUGCAAUUUAACAACAGUCAAUAAUAUGGCAAAGGGCUUGGAAUUUUACACCUUGUUUUCUGGAAUGUCAGUCUUCCCCAACCUGGUGUCCUCCAGAUAUUAUGACUGUAGCUCUCACCAAACGUGCCCAUUGUUCAUGGUGGUUGAAACUGAUAGGUGUUGAAGGGCACCAUGCUGAGGAAGGCUUCCAGUGAUAAGCUCUUUGACUUCCAUGUCCAGAUAUUGACAACGUAGUUGGGUCAUUUUCAUUUCAUUCCCCAGAGUCAGGACAGGCUGCUGUAAAUUUAAAAUCUUACUUAUUUUAUUCCCAAAACAGCAUUGUGAGGCAGGUUAGAGGAACAUCUGCUUCACCUUUGUCAUCUUUGUUAACAGCUUGUUCAUCAUGUCAGUACAGUGAAUGCCACAGCAUUUGAAGUCCAAACGCUUGUCGGCAAACCCAUGUAACAGUGAGCCUGUAUCCUCGUGUGAUUAGAAGUCCUCCUUGGUGGUUAGACACAACUCUGUAGAUGUAAUGGUUUCCUUAAAACAUGUGAAUUUAGUCUGACAAUAAAAUGUAGUGUGCCUAAAAGAUAGUGAUUUGACCAGAACUAUCUAAUGAGUAUGUGUUGGUCAAGGAAUUAAGCAUAUUUCUUUGCAUCCCAAUGUAACCCUCUGUCAUUGUGUGAAAUGACUGGAACUUAAUAUGGAUAUUAGUUGAAAUACCUUAAUGAAAAAGGAAGUAAAGUUUCAUAUAACACGGUCAAUGUAUAGCAUUCAUAGUCAAGACAAUAGCUAUCUGUGACUGUUAGACCUGAUGUUAGAGAACUACUUGAAGCAGGGAACACAGUGGUAGAUUACUUGGCUUCUGAGCUUCCUGGGGUAUCUGACAGGUCUUUUUUAGAGACAGUGCUUGGCUUAGUGGGUAUUGGUUCAGCACAGCAAGGUAGCUAUUCUGGUUAUAGGCAAUAAAAGGGAAUGGGUGUAUUUACAUUUAAAUGUGAUUUUGUUAAUGUGAAGAGUCAAUCCAUCUUUUUUCUCUUCAGACAAACUAAUAACCAGAAUAAGCCAGGAUUCCUGAAGAAGAACCAGUAUACAAACACCAAAUUGGAAGUUCGUAAAAUACCACCAGAGCUAAACAAUAUUACUCAACUUAAUGAACAUUUCAGCAAAUUUGGAACAAUUGUCAACAUUCAGGUAAAACCAAUAAUAUGCCGUUUGUGGUUUGUAAUACAGCAAUGUAAAGAGGGACUGGAAGUUUCUGGGACCAGUCUAUAUAUUCCACUUUGUUCUAUGCUGCAUUAUUCUCUGGUAGAGUAAAUAAAUCUAACUUAGAGUCUUGCUUGAAGAACCACUUGGCGAUGAUACAGUCAUGGGAAAAAGAAAGCACACCCUCUUUGAAUUCUGUGGUUUUACAUAUGAAGACCUAAUAACAGUCAUCUAUUUCUUAGCAGGUCUUAAAAUUAGGUAAAUACAACCUCAGAACAACAACACAUGACAUAUUACACUGUGUCAUGAUUUAUUUAACAGAAAUAAAGCCAAAAUGGAAAAGUCAUGUGUGAAAAACUAAGUACACCUUACAAUUCAAUAGCUUGUAGAACCAUAUUUAAUAAUAAUAAUAAUAAUAAUAAUAAUAAUAAUAAUAAUAAUAUUUAUACCCCACCCAUUUGGAUGGGUUUCCCCAGCCAUUCUGGGCGGCUUGUAAAACAUCAGACAUUAAAAAUUUCCUGAUACAGGGCUGUCUUCAGAUGCCUUCUAAAAGUCAGAUAGUUAUUUAGUAUUUCCUUGACAUCCGAUGGGAGGGUGUUCCUACCCAGAAGGCCUUCUGCCUGGUUCCCUGUAACCUCACUUCUCAGUGAAGUGAAGGAACCGCCAGAAGGCCCUCAGAGCUAGACCUCAGUGUCCGGGCUGAACAAUGGGGUAGAGACACUCCUUCAGGUAUACUGGACCGAAACCAUUCAGGGCUUUACAUGUCAGCACCAACACUUUGAAUUGUGCUCAGAAACAUACUGAGAGCCAAUGUAGGCCCUUCAGGACUGGUGUUAUAUGGUCUUGGUGGUGACUUCCAGUCACCAGUCUAGCUGCCGCAUUCUGGAUUAGUUGUUGUUUCCAAAUCACCUUCAAAGGUAGUCCCACGUAGAGCGCAUUGUGGUAGUCCAAGCGAGAGAUAACUAGAGCAUGCACCACUCUGGCAAGACAGUCUGCGGCAGAUAGGGUCUCAGCCUGUGUACGAGAUGGAGCUGGUAGACAGCUGCCCUGGACACAGAAUUGACCUGCGCCUCCAUGGACAGCUGUGAGUCCAAAAUGGUUUGAUUGGCAACUUCCAUAGAAGGGACUCAGAUACAUACUAUAUAUACACAGUUCACUAUCCAUCUCUUUUUGGAUUAGGGAGUAAAACCUUUUAAACUGAAGCAUUAUACCGUGGGUGCUUUUUAGAAUGUAGUAUUGUUAUAUAAUGUUGCCUCAUGUUUUCUUAGGUUGCCUUCAAGAGUGAUCCUGAAGCUGCUCUAAUUCAGUACUUAACAAAUGAUGAAGCGAGAAAAGCUAUUUCUAGCACAGAGGCAGUGUUGAACAAUCGGUUUAUACGAGUGCUAUGGCACCGAGAAAACAAUGAGCAGCAGCCAUUGCCACUAUCCCAGCAGCAGCAGCAGGCGCCACCACCUCUUCAUCACCCGCUUCACCUGCAGCAACAAAUGCUGCCACAGCCUCCAGCUGUAACAAUGCACAGCAGUAUGGCAAAGGUAUAGUGCCAUUGUAUAAACCUGAUCACUUUUCUUUUUCCUUAGCUCUUUAGAGAACUGUGGGUAUGUUUUCAAAAUUAAAAAGCUCAUUUUUCAAUGUUAUAUGCACAAUGCAGGUAACAAAGCCACUGACAUCAGGUGCUUACGUCAUCAAUAAGGCCCCAGUUAAACAUCGUCUUGGAGCACCUGGUGGAAAUCAGCCAGACGCUCAACAUUUAUUGCUUAACCAGUCUAGUGCUUCUUCAGAAGAUGCUCAGGUAAAGGAGAGUGUGUAUUAUGAAUCAUAAAUUCAUACAUCUUUUCUUUAACAUGGUUAGGAUGUUAAGGUUUGCCUGGUUCUGUCAAGGGUGUUCACCUUGCUAUAUUGAACUUAAUCAUGAUUCAGCAUCCAACAGGAAAAUGAAUAAACUGUGUCCUUUGCAACCCAAUGCACCACCACUGUAUGCCCACCACCCUACUAUCAGUGGAUAUGGCUAGGCCAGAUGAUGUGCCUUAGUGAAAUCUGCCUCACAGGUUUCAAGCUCACCAACCCUCUCUCCCAGAACUAAGAAUCACGGGGUGGUAUUUAACUAAAUAAUGUAAUUGCAUGAGCACAGCAAUUUUUGUUUGCUCAACAGAACUCCUCCCCCCCCCCCCCCCGUUUGUGCUUCUUGCGUCAUCAUCAAAUCUGUUAAAGAGGGUUGGGGGGAAAUCCAGAGCAGAUAGGGGUCAUGUUUGAAACAAUCAUAACUGUCUUCCUCCAGCUACUUCUUUAGAUAAAUCUCCAGCUAUUGAGCAGGGUUUUCUGUCUAGUCCAAGAUUUAAUGCUGUGUCCAACAGAGCCCAAAUUGUACCAUUUCCUGCUAGGGCCAACACAUUAAGAAGUCUUACUACAGCUUUCAGAGAAGCCCUCAAAUCCACUAGUCCACUCUUUCUGCAGAGUCACUAAUGAUAUUGGGGGGGGGGGUAUCCCAUGCCAUCCCCCACCUAAAAAAAGGACUAGAAACUUCUCACCCUUAAAAGGUCUGCUGUGUCAAGGCAAGUGUUUUGUGGGCUGCAGAGUGGCCGCAGGUUGAUCAAGAAAAUCAGAUUCACAGAGAUAAUCUGGCUCAGUGCUAACUCAAGAAACAGCCCCAAUUUUUUCACCCGCAUUAAAAGAUUUCAGCUUUCAUGCCUUAAAGACAUGAUGGGUUUGGGAGGCCUUCCAGGUGACAACAGAGUUAGAAAAAAAGGCAGGAGAGAAGAGUGAAAGCUCAGUUCAGUAGUUGUAGACUGAUCUGUAACAUCUGAAGAAACAGAAUAGUGAAGGCAUAAUCAUAUCGGCAAAAUUGAGAAAAUUCUCGACUAUUGCCAGUAAAAUUUUAAAGUACAUUUUCUUUAAACUAUAGUAAGUAUUUUAUAAAAUGAAACUCUAAUUCUUGUUAACUCUACCUAUUUAAUAUGUAAUCAAUACAAUUAAGGAGCAGAUACUUCAAUUAAGAGAGUUGGGGGAAAUUCCCAUUCAAAAGAUCUUACAUAUCCCCUUUCUCUUUAGAGUGAUGUUGUGUGUAGUCUUCCCCUUCAUAAUGAUAGGGUUAGUUUUGAAAUUUAUAUCUGCCAGGUUAGUUCCAGAUCUUUGAAAGCCUAAGGACAAAAUUCUCCUACUAUCUUUCAGUCUGUUUGUUAUUGGUAAGAGUCUUUACUUCAUCAUCACACAGUCCUUAAAAUAUCACAGAGAGAUAGCUUAUAGUUUGGUUUCAUCUAUGAACAGAUGGUUUCUAAGCAGCAUAAGUAAGUUGCUUGCACAAAGCUUCCAUCUUGCCACAGCACAUGUCAUCAUAAAAUAUAUUGCUGCUUUCAGAUGUUUCCCACUUCAAUUGGCCAUUCAAAGAUGGUUUACAGUUCCUCCAAUCUGAAGACAUCUAUAAAGCCUGGUACAGGAAAUAAAUCUCAUGAUGUCCAAGAAGUUUUUAAAAAGAAACAGGUAACUGUUUGCAUAUUAUUUCAAUAUAUUUCAUAGCCAUGAGUUUUUAAAAUGGGGUUCAUUGUGUGACAUGUUAGUCCUACCCCUAGUUCGGAUUGGAAUUCAGGAGAUGGGAAAUUCCUUUUCCCUGAUAGGUUUUGCCUUGACAAUUCAGACCUGAGUGUGACGAGCCUUGGCUUUUGAAAUGUAAUUCAAUAUUUUUGUGUUAAAGGGAUACUCAUUUUUGAGCUAAUAGCCAAACUUUUGCUUGGCAAGGGGUGGGGGGGUCUUCAGCGAACCUUGAAUUGUUACAUGUUGGUUGGUUUAUCCGAACUCUACAGCAGCUAUCCAUCAUUUUUGCAUGCACAGCAAUACUUUCAUUGCUUUUUUAUCUUCUCCAAUCCCACAUGAGAUUACACAUUUUACAAGCACAAAACAGGCUUUCAGCCUUCCGCAAGUCAAAAGCAUCAUGUAAUUCAGCAUCGAAUAGCUGCAGUUGGGGUGCUGUGUGAGAGAAUAGAAACUCUAGGCAUAGUGAUAGGACUAAUAGUCUGAAUCUGUAACAUAAUCUGAAUUUUGACCAAAGACAUUUAUUUGAUAUUGCUUAUUGCAACAGCUUUCCAGGAGCCAUGAAUGCAGUCAGGAUCUGUCCACUCUGCUAACUCCCAACAGCACAACUUGCAUCUGUAACUGAAGAUAACUAUGUUCUCUUGUAAACUCUAAUACUGCAGUUGGUGGGAUCAUGUUUACAUUUAAAUUGUUCAUGAUAUUGCCUAAAAUUGUGGUUUAAAUCCGUUUUUUUCUAGCCGUUGUUAUUAGGAUGUGCUCACUAAAAGCAUUUUAUUCUUGAUUAGGAGGCAAUGAAGCUGCAACAAGACAUGAGGAAGAAAAAGCAAGAAAUGUUAGAGAAACAAAUAGAAUGUCAGAAGGUAUGCUUGGCUUUUUUUCCAUUUAACUUCGCCAUUAACUUUGGUUGUGUCUAAUUUUAAUUGUUAGUAGCAGAGUAUCCCCUAGUAAGCAUUUUAAGGGUGCAUAAUUUUCUAUCUAGUGUGGAGGCUGAAGUAUUUUCAAUCUUGCAUCACCUCUGUAUUUUAACUUUCAUAGAUGUUAAUAUCAAAAUUGGAAAAGAAUAAGGCCACAAAACCAGAGGAAAGAGCAGAUAUAAUGAAGACACUGAAAGAGCUAACAGGAAAAAUCUCUCAGUUGAAAGAUGAGUUAAAAACUUCAUCUGCCAGUUCUACAGCAUCAAAACAGAAGUCAAAAACAGAGGUAGGUCCUCUUCACACACAGCUUUUUUCAUUUCAGAAGCUACUACAGUGGUACCUCAGGUUAAGAACUUAAUUCGUUCUGGAGGUCCGUUCUUAACCUGAAACUGUUCUUAACCUGAAGCACCACUUUAGCUAAUGGGGCCUCCUGCUGCCGCUGCACCGCCGCUGCACGAUUUCUGUUCUCAUUCUGAAGCAAAGUUCUUAACCCGAGGUACUAUUUCUGGGUUAGCGGAGUCUGUAACCCAAAGCGUAUGUAACCUGAAGCGUAUGUAACCCAAUGUACCACUGUACUAAUUUGUACCUCCGGGAAACUUAUCUCCCUAUAUUAAAGCCAGCAUGAGGGUCUUUGUUAAGCAUUGAUCAUACAACCUUUUCAUGCAUUAUCCUCAUAAAGAGACAUCCAGGUGUUGAAGGGGCAGCUGGCUGCGUCUGUGCCUUGACAGGUUUCUGGUCAUGCUCCCUUAUGUGUUGAGAAGGCCUCCACCAGCAUACAAUCAUGAACCAUGCAUGUCCCACCUACAGCCCCUUCAAAAUAUGGAACCCCUUCCAUGCAAUAUAUCACUUCUAUCUUUUCUAUAUUUUGUGCUUGGAUAUUCAUUAUAAGAGAACUACACAGAUAUGUGAAAUUAUACCACUUCUAUUAAUCGUCACAGGGAACCACAAUAGAUUAUUUCAGUCACCUCCUUCUGGUCUGGUUUCUCAUCCCUGACUCCUAUUAAAGCUGUAAGAUGACCCCAGAAACUUAGUGUAUAAUGAAAUUUGCCUGCCUCUCGCACACAGAUACUCUACCCAACACUCUUCCCUUCCCCUCACUCAGAGAAGAGGAUCCAUAACGAAUAAAAACAAAGAAUGCCCACACUUCCCCUAAAGGGAUGUUCACCUUAAAUGUUGUCCCGUUGCCCACAGUGCUUUUAUAUCUGAGCAAAGGCCAGCAAGAGCCUCCCCCCCCACACACACACACACAAAGGAAGUUCCCAGAGCUGGCUUAGUUGUUGCUGGUCAGGAAAUUGGGAUUUAAUGACACAUCGAUGCUAAUCAAUGUAUCUGCAAUACGCUUUUGGGCAGCAUCCCAUGAAGUUAUUGCUCUGCGAAAGCAUGCUGUGUUCAUCGUUGAGAUGAACAAUGGAAGUACCUCAUGACCAAGAAUGUGCAUUUUUGGUGCAUUUAACUUGCACCUCCUUUCCAUUUUCAUAGCAAGUGGCAAGCUGUAUUGAUUAACUUGUUGAACUUAUUAAUUCUGAAGCUGUUAACAUAAAAGGCCUGAGUCAGCCAGCCCAUGGGAAAAUGUUGAUAUUUAUUCUUAAAUAUCAGGAACAAUGUAAACACAGUGAAAUUGAAAUUUUACAAAUCUGUUCAGUUUUGUUUCUAAAACUUUGCUUUUUUAUUCUGCUAUCAACUUCUCAAACCUGUUUCUGCAGCCAUAAGUGUUCAGGAUCUGCAGAUUUCUAAUGAGAGCCUGCAGUUUGCCCAAUCACCUCUAGGGGUCACAUGCUACUCACAGCUAGUGUCAGUGCUGGGUAGUAAGAGUUUUAUAACUGUCAAAGCCUACCUUAGUAUAUUUUAUUUAUCACAUUUUAUAUCCCUCGCUUGUAGUUCCAAAAAGAUGCCCAAGGGAACUUGCAAGUAUUUGUUUUUACCCAGAAGGCUCUAAGCCCUUAAAUAGUGGGUGAGAAGAAUUAAAACCAAAGAGGUAGCAUCUUAACACACCUUGGUAUGGAGAUAAACGGAAUAAAACAAACAAACUUACUUUUUGCUCUCCCCACCCCAUCCCCAAUUCCAUUUUAAAGGCACAGAAGGAACUUUUGGAUGCAGAGCUAGACUUUCAUAAAAGGCUGUCUUCCGGGGAAGAUACAACAGAAUUAAGGAAAAAGCUCACCCAGUUACAGGUGGAGGUAAGUUUUCAAAAUUAUAUACUAUCUUAAUUGUGCUGUAUAUUAUACAUGAAACCUGUUACAGUGUUCAUGGAAGAUAAAGUCUAUUUCUUUUGUCUGUAGGCUGCCCGUUUAGGUAUCUUGCCCGCUGGUCGUGGAAAAUCGAUGCCUUCUCAAAGCAGAGGACGAGGACGAGGUCGGGGAGGGAGAGGGAGAGGUACAGUGAAUCAUAUGGUGGUAGACCACCGUCCCAAAGCAAUAACCAUUGGUGGCUUUGUGGAAGAGGAGAAAGAUGAGUUACUGCAGCACUUUGCGGUAAGUCAGCAAUUUGUAACUAAAAUUAGAUUAAAUUGUUCUGGUACUGUAUUCUAGAAUAGUAUAAAGGUAUGAUUGCCCUAAAACAUGGGCAAACUAAGGCCCGGGGGCCGGAUCUGGCCCAGUCGCCUUCUAAAUCUGGCCUGUGGACGGUCUGGGAAUCAGCGUGUUGUUACAUGAGUAGAAUGUGUGCUUUUAUUUAAAAUGCAUCUCUGGGUUAUUUGUGGGGCAUAGGAAUUUGUUCAUUUCCCCCCAAAAAAUAUAGUCCGGCCCCCCACAAGGUCUGAGGGACAGUGGACCGGCCCCCUGCUGAAAAAGUUUGCUGAUCCCUUCCCUAAAACGUAGCUUCCUUCAUUUUGAGUAUAGCGUUAGUUGCUUUUGUGGUUAAUCUUGUCUGCUUCCUAGCUGAAAUUAGAAAUGGAAUGGCAUCACAUAUCCACCUGCAUUUAGCUUACUUCUGAAGGAAAUCAACCCUCUCAAGGAAUAUCUAGCUGUAACUUUCACUUCCACCUCCUCCUCCUAAGAUUCCUGAUCUUUGGGAAGCUACUUAUGCAAACAAGUCACGACAUGGUCCAAGGGAUGUUUUUAAUACCUUUUAGUGGAACUGUCAUGGGUCUAAAGCUGCUUUGGAUGACCUUUAUAUAUUAGUCAACCUUUGAGUCACUUGAGGUUAACUUAUUUUUUACUCCUGAAGCAAACUAGGCCAGCCAGUUUUCAUGUGAGAGCCCAAUACCAUUGAACUGCCACAAUUUUAACCCUUUCUUUACAUAUAAACAGGUAAGCGUUUUUGAAGAUCUACAGACAAUAAGCAGAAACACUGGUCUCUGCUUCUUUUUCUUCUGUUUCACUCUGGGUAUCCAAUACACCAUUGUCUUCUUGUCUGUAAACAUAAUGUAGGUGGAGCAUAAGCCUUUUUGAUGGCAAGAAUAUGGGCGAUAUCCAUUUAGCACUGUUGGAGCAGCAGGAAGCAUAUAUGCUUAGAAGAAGAGGGAGAGCAAUUUCUGCCUCCCCUGGAAAUUUGUUCUGUCACUAAUAAAAUACACACACACACAUACACAAAUAUACCUGAGCUCAUAUUCCCACUUUUUGUAUUCUGCCUCUCCUCCCAAGUAUGUGUGAUCUUCACAUAUGAAGUAGACUGAGGCUAAGAGAUUAAAUGGUCCAAGGAGCAGGAAUUUGAACCUGCAAACUCCCAGAUCCUACUCCAUCACUAUAACUACUAUAUUGCACUGGCUUUCAAUAAGUUAGGGUUCAUUAACAUGCAGCCCUAGACGAGCAUGCAUAGAUCUUAUUCAUAGUAUGUGUUUUACAGAAAUUUGGAGAUAUUGAAGGCCUUCAAGAGGAGGAUUCUCCUUUAAGUGUUGUUCUAACAUUUAAAUCCCGUUCUGAAGCUGAAAAUGUAAGUAAUUAUAAGCUAACAUUACUGUACUCCUCUAAGAUACACUAAAAUAUCUGCUUGAAUGGAAAGUGGUUCAUUAAUAUAUUUUGGAGGGUGCUACUUUUAUAAAGGCAUUGAAUAUUUGAUCACUGGUUUAUAAUUCAGCCAAUGAAUAAGCUUGUUUAAAUUAUGAUUCAGAGAAAUGCUUGUAGUAGAGAGUAUAAACUCUGAUUAUUAGGGCUGUGCAACCAAUUUAGCCAAACCCUGAACAAAAUCUGGUUGAGGCAACUCUAAAUCAAGGCAAAUCAAUUCAGAGCUCAAAACAGGGAGACAGACAGAGCCCAUUUGUAUGAGGCAGGAGGGGAGCUAGACUUCUCUCAUUGACCACUAUAACUUUGAAGCCAGGGAUUAAAAAAAAAAAAAGCUUUGUGUCUUAGUUUUGCAGUUAGUUACAACACUGGUAGCACUGCACUUUGGAUUCAGGGUCCAAACCAGGUCAGAGCAGGUCCAGGUCACCAAAUCUAACCCCACAUUAAAUCAGGAGUCCUUGUAUAGGCAUGAUUAUUAUACUGUAUAGUGGAAAGACUUCUUGGAAGUGCACAUGGUGAUCCUUCUGCUAUAACAGGAGAUAGCCUCUGCUUCUUAGCACAUAAUUUGUAUUAUUGUCUUCUCUUCCCAUCCCUCCCACCCCCCAAAAAAAUUCCUACUCUAGGCAGCUAACCAAGGAUUAAAGUUCAAAGACCGAAGACUACAGAUAUCAUGGCAUAAACCCAAGGUACCCUCUGUGUCCACAGAAACGGAGGAGGAGGAACCCAAGGAAGAGGUACUGGAAUUAUCCAAGCCUCUCUCAAACACUAUUUUUUGUUUGCUUCUUACUGUUUUGAGCUCAUUAUAGGAACUGUUCUGGAAGGGCAUUUCUGAAUGCUUAAGAUAUUUUAGGAGAACCUUAAGGUUGUUUGCAUUCUCACCAUUUUGUGACUAAAUCCUCCUGUUCUUUAAUUUGGUUCAUAACUCAUAACAGCAUGAAUCAGAUGGUGGACAGUUGGUUGUUUUUAUUUCUUUAGCAAUUUAUACACCACCUUUCUGGACCAAGUCCACCCAAGGUGCCAAGCAAACUACAAGCAUAAAACACAAAAAUAUAGUAGAUUAAUUUGAUAUUUAUACCUUGCUUUUUCUGUUAAAAUAAUACUCAAAGCUGUAUUACUUUAUAGUUUAUUAUGAUGAUAUAUAAUCGAAAAAUAGAGUAUAAUUUAGCAAAUACAAAAGUCAUUUCCAGAGCCACAAAAACAAUUGCAUGACAAAUAAGACACAUAAAGGCUAUUUGAAAUGUGUUUUUUUAAGCUGAAGUGGCCAGCACAUCCCUUGAGAAGGCGUUUCAUAAGGUAGGGGCCGCUGCUGAGAAAGCCCUGUCCAUUAUGCUCUCUAAUCACUUCAGAGCACUCAGAUUCAGUUGUCACAUUUCACCACCCAGCUCCAUUUUUACUAUGUUUUCUCUGCAUGUUUAACCCUGGCAUGUAGCGUAUUUAGAGGAAUAUCCAAGGGAAAAUUUUGCCCACAUUCUUCAAGUCAAGUAGAAUCACUGAUAUGGACCAAAAGGUUGCAACUGACUGUUGUGGUAUUGUACAUUAAAAAAUAUAAGCAUAUUAUAUUUUGUCUUUAUUCAGGAGACAGAAGCUUCAGAUUUAUUUUUGCCUGAAGAUGAUGAUGACGAAGACGAAGACGAAGAUGAAUCUCGUUCCUGGAGAAGAUGAAACUUGAAAUGGAAUCAAUAGUUUUAGAAUUGUUGAACUAAAACUUUUAAAAAAAUAUUUAAAGGAAGUCAAUGAGCCAAAAAUUGUUUUCGUUUUUUGUUUUUAUUUUCAUACACACAAGAAAGCAAGUGUGAGUUUGAGAUAUUAAACUUAACAAAUAAGUAGCCACGAUCAGCCAAAGGCCAAGUGUUGCAAAGGUGGUUGUGAUCCUCUGAAGAUGGAAUGUAUCAAUCUUUCAAGCCCAACUUGUGUUUAUUUUGUUUUUAAAAUGUGGAACUUUUUCAAGCUAUCAAUGGCUUUAUAGGCUUUAUUUAGUAACGUAGAGUGUGAGAUGAGAGCUUUCUGUGAAGUUCAUUUAUACGUCAACAUUUCCUGGAAUUUGGUAAUUCAAAAGUCCCUUAGUUAGGUGGCAGACAAGUUAUCCAGUUUGAGUAAGUUUCACUCCUGUCUAGAAUUGCUCCGAAUCUUACUGUGGAUUAUACCAUUCAGCUAUCUAGCAGAAUUACAGGGCAAAGCUGCCAAUCUCCACAUUCAAACAAGUCCACAUCAAUUACAGCUGCUCUUGUCUAAUAUGGCAGUUCUUCUCAAUCUAAUCUUCAGACACAGCCCAGCCUUACUACUUUUUGGGUGCAGCUUACCACUGCUCUGUGAAUUCCACAUUUACUUUCAUGGAGCAUCCAUGGACCUCCUGCAUGAAUCCUAUUAAAAUGAACAGAGCAGUUAGUGCUUGAUGAAUAGCUGGUAUAAGUAAAUACAUCUAAGUGCUUUUAAAAGUGUCCAGCCAUUUGAGUUCAUUUUUUGUCCUUUGUAGCUAAAUAAGCUGCUGCUUUUUUUUUUAACCUUUUUAGGUCAAGCCUCCACAGUAUUCAAAGCAACUUGUUCUUUUUUUAACACAGAAAGCCCUAGGUCUUUUUUAGAAAAAUCAUUAAAACGAUAUGAGACCAUCACUUCUAAUAAUAUUGUGCUUAACUCUAAAGAGAGCAACUUUGGUAAAAGAAAUGUUGAAAAGAGACUGAUUAACUUAGAUGCUUUUUAUUUCCAUGCUUUUUGGUUAUGCUUCCACACCACUUUUUUUAUAGCGCCUAACAGUAGCUGGGGUAGAUUGCGGUAGAAACCGUAUUAAACUAUUUUGGCUUUCCAGGGCAAUAGAUCUUCAUACUCAACUCAUGUGUCACUUGCUUCUGUUAAGCCUAAGCACAUUGUCUUGUAGAUUCCCCCCUCCCCCCACUCUUGGUGCCUCUGUACUAUGCCAGUACACAGUAGGGCCAUUUUAUAUAGGAAAGUAUGUUACGCCACAGCGUUCUGAAUGUUAGAGUCAAAGAAGCAGAGCAAACAGUACUGUUCUCAACUCCUGUGGUACUGGAACACUAAUGCAAGCAAGUAAAAAAAAACAACUAUUAUUUUUGAAGUUUUCUAUUAAAAUGUAUUUCUGCAAAUGGUACUUUACCCUCUCUUAAGUAUCAGAAGUACUACAUUAGAUCUCAGCUAGCUACAUAAAGUCAAGCACUCUGUUCUUCCUAUUCUUUUGGGUACUGUUGUGUGUGUUGUGGUAUGUAAAGUCCAAAGUAGUAUCAAUUUAAAUUCCAAGUCAUACUUGGAGAGGAGUGUAAUUUGUCAGCAGUUUUUUGCCCUUUACACAAAGACCUUUGUUUUCUAGAUUAUUGCUACAUUCCGACUAAUGUUUAAUCUCAGUGAAUUACGUUAGAAGAAGAAAGCACGAAUAUUGCACACCGUAACAGGCAAAGCCUUGCUCUUCCCCCCAUUGCCUGCAAUGUCUUUGGAAUGCCUGUGACUCAGUAUGUGGCCAUCACAUAUACUGACCCAUUGCAGCAAAAUGCUUGAAUCUGAACAGUUUAAUCAAAUGAUAGAGGGAACAAAGGAUUUAUAUAUGUGUAUAUAUAUAUUGUACAGGGUUUUCUUAAAACUGUAUAAUUGUGUAAAUAUUUUGCUUUUUUUGUGUACUAAAACUACCAGCAUCUAGAUUUCCAUAAGAAUUCUUGUAUUUUUGUAUCCGGAAGAUUACAGUGAGUGAAUGCAGCUGUAAGAGAAAUUUCAAUAGCCUUUGGCACAGGUAGACCGGAUAGGAUUCCUUUUCAUAUGGUUUUAAAAUAACAUUUUGUUAGCACACUGUUCGGAACAGGAUGGAUGUCCUUGCUCAGAGUGUUGGCUUUUUUUUCAUGGGGAGCGAGAAAGAUUAGGGGCCAUGGGGAAAAUAUUUAUUUAAUGGGGAUUUUUUUCCCCUUCUCUUUUCUUUUAAAAUAUUUGUUGGCUUACAUAAAUCCUCUGGUGACAUCUUAAAUGUGAUUUCUCAGGCCAGAAGCACAAAAAUGAGUUGUGCCCCUGAACCCAUGUAUUGAAAGCAUACUAUUACGUUACUGAGAAUGUAAGUGAUGGGCAGCAUAGUAGUAACUCACUUAAUACAAAGGAGAAAGGAAAACUAGUUCAAAGUGACCUUCAUUUUGACAUAGCUAUGGAUCUCCCUGUGUUGUGUAUUAGAACUUAGUAGGAUACCAUUUGUGUUUCUAGGUAGGUAACUUCUGGUAACACUUCAUUUUUUACUGCUGUGGAAUUGUCACUUCUGCAUUCAUAAGCUAUGAUGGAGAGCAUAAUAUAAUACCUACUAAGUGACUUGAGAAUGGUAAAUCAAUCUGAAAUAAAAGGCUACUACACAAGGAGUACCACUUCACUGACCACUUAGUGUGUAAUCCCAUUGCAAUCCAGACGAAUGCCACAAUGUAAAUGGUCAGUGAAUCACCCCCUCAACCUCUACAGAUAUUAAUGCUUCUACUAUAUAAGCUGUCAAUUAAACUGUGGUAUAAAAAUUUUGGUUGGUUUGUUUUAAAUCCUUGAGCAUAAAAAAGCCUAGCAUCUGAAAACUGAUUUGAAAAAUAUAUGCCCACAUACAGUGGAGAUGCUUCAACAGUUUUUAACAAAAUCAUGUGAAAAGGAAUGGUAAAUUCCUCUCAAUGUAUAGUAAACUUGUAUUAUAGUUUUUACAAGAUUGUGAACUUGUGUAAUAGUAUAUUAGGAGAUAUUGUUGGAUUUCUAACUGUUUAUACAUUUAAAUUCAUACAUGUAAUGUUUGUUUUAUUGAUUACACUCUGAAUUUCUAAGAUGCAUGUUGACUUUUUUGCAAUAAAGAAAUAAUAUGGAAUGGCGUAAAACUACAAACGAAAAAGGCAUAAAACAGAUUGAAUUGAAAUUUGGAAAAAUAGCCAUUCCCAAAAAAUUAUAAUCAGAAAAAGA